GCUGUGUGUCGGCUCUAAAGCGGCGCUUUAGCUUAGCAGAGACACACUACAGAGACGCUGAGUGAGAUGUGAGACACACACAUUUUUAAUGACUACACAUACUCUCUCAUGGACGCUGCAGGAUUAAUACGAACUCCAACACUGCUGUGGAUACACAUUUAUCCCAGAAUACCGACAUUUCUCUCUCUUUUUUAACCUAUUUGUUUUUCUCAUCACGUUAACGGACAGAGGAAGUUUCCUCACAGGAAGAUUGGCGUGAGGAGAAGCGGCUCGCGCAUCACUCGAGCGUUUGAAUCUCUCCGACAUUUUCAAGCAAAUUCCAAGCACAUUUCGGACAUUUUUCUUCUUUUUUUCUGAGAGUAAGGAAUCUUAGUUAGUGUAUUUUUCUUUUUCAAAUGAGUGUGUCAGAUCUGCAGCAGGUUCAGUAGCUCUGUGGUGUGUGUGUGUGUGCGCGCGCGCGCUGCUGAAGUAGUUCACAUCUCCUGGAGAGAAAUUAAAAUUAAUGUUGGGAUCAAAGAAAGCCGGAUAUCUUUACAGUCCGUGAGGACAAAUCUCGGAUUUUUGAAGUUUGUUUGUUUGUUUGUUUGUUUGUUUGUUUUCCCCCGGAGAAUAUUGGUGAAGGAGCUCUGCGAAAAUCAUGAACAGCGUGACGGAGCUUGAAGACGGACCUCAGCACAAGGCUCAGAGGAGGAGUUGUAGUUACCUGCUGUGCACCAUCCUGCUCUUCAUUGCCGUGCUACUGGCUCUCACGGUAACAGGCACCAUCCUCUUGAUGAACCACUCCCAGGCACCCCCAGCCCCCGAUGCUCCACCUCUCAUCACUACCAAUCAAGACGAAGGCAACGCCCUGGUGACGGUGGAGAGAGGUGAUGGCUCCCGCAUUAACAUCUUCAUUGAGCCCAACUGCCCCGACUACAACAGCAACUUCCUGCGACUGGAGGGGGUCCAGACGUCACUGCUGCAUUCGCUCAGCCACCAUGACACAGACCUGAAGUCAGUGAAGGGACAGGAGCGAGGUCUUCUCGUCCAACUGGCUGAGGAGAUCUCUAAGCUGUCUGCCCACAUUAACCAGCUGAAGGUGGAGUACAGUGCGCUGAGGCAGGGCCAGAGCAGCAUCAGCCAGGAGAUCAGCAUGCUGCAAACUGAGCAGGCCAGGCUCGUCCAGCUGUUGUCAGAGAAUCAGAUCAACAUGAUGAAGGUUGUGAACUCUCUGCGUGACAUGCUUGACUCUGUGCAUAAGGACGCUGGUGGCGAGAGGGGGCUCCUGAAGGCAGAUCUGCUUCAGAGGGCUCCGGUGCGCAGCAGCGUCCGGCCCCGAGGCUGCGCCAGAGGAGACGGCUCCCAACCGAGAGACUGCAGUGAUAUCUACGCCAGUGGACAGCGGGAAGACGGGAUCUAUUCUGUGUUUCCUAUUCACUUCCCAUCAGGCUUCCAGGUUUACUGCGACAUGAGCACUGACGGAGGUGGCUGGACGGUGUUUCAGCGCAGAGAGGACGGUUCUGUAAACUUCUACAGGGACUGGGCCGCAUAUCGCGAGGGGUUCGGGAAGAUCACAGGGGAACACUGGCUUGGUCUGAAGCGGAUUCAUGCUCUGACCAUUCAGGCUAAUUAUGAGUUGAGGAUUGACCUGGAGGACUUUGAGAACAGCACUUCCUUCGCGCAGUAUGGAUCCUUUGGCGUGGGAUUGUUCUCCGUUGACCCAGAUGAGGACGGCUACCCGUUGAGCAUAGCGGACUACUCAGGAACCGCUGGUGACUCAUUGCUCAAGCACAACGGCAUGAAGUUUACCACAAAGGACAAGGACAACGAUCACUCGGAGAACAACUGUGCCUCCUUCUACCACGGAGCCUGGUGGUACCGGAACUGCCACAUGUCCAACCUGAAUGGACAGUACCUGCGUGGCCAGCACUCGUCCUACGCCGACGGCAUCGAGUGGUCCUCCUGGACGGGCUGGCAGUACUCCCUAAAAUUCACGGAGAUGAAAAUCAGGCCUAUAUGCGAGGAAAAUUAGUGAGCAGGACACAGAAAGAAUGCUACUAAUGGAAAAAAAGAGGUGUGCUCUAGGUGUUAGAGCCACUAACUACAGAAGAGAAGUGUACAAUGAUGUUGUGAUCUCUCUGAAAACUGUCUUGACCAUGAUUCUCAGAGCGAUUAGCCCAGUCUGAACUAUUCCUCACUCUGACAUCUCAAUGGCACUAUAAAGGAAAGAGCACAAUUACUGAGACUUUUAUCAGUGUAGUGGUGAUACUGUGCCCUUGUUCAUCGAGAGGAAUUACUCACACUCAACCAGAACAAGAACAACAAGGUGAAAGAAUAAUCGAAUCUAUGGAAAUGGUCCAGAAAAAAACAAAGUCCAUUUUGAUUGGAGGUAUGCUCGAUUGGAGGUAUGCUCGAGUGGAUUACUAUGAAUGUCCUUAUUAAUGGUUGACAGAGCACAGUGGACUCUUUGCAUUCUGCAAAGUCUUUUAGCAGAAUAAUUGGCCUCUAAAUAGUUUAGUGAUCCCCAGAGCUUGGCUUUGUUCACUUUGUAAAUGAACAUCUCCUCAUUCACUUUGCCAUGCAUCAGGGCAAUGGUAGCCUUUUUCCACCAACAGUGUGCUGGUGCUGGUUCAGGAGCUGUUUUUUUUUUAAAUCACACCUACAGAAUCAAUAGCUAAAGCAGUAACACAUUCACAUCUACCUCAUCUUGAACAUAACUGCUGUAAUUAACAGUAUCUUUGUACUACGUAUAGAUGCGGAUGGAUUUGACUAUGGAUAUGGAUGGGAAUACAUUGUGCUGGGACAAUAAGCAAUUUUAAUUUUUGAAAAUUAAAAAAAAUUAGGAAUAAAGUACCAGUAACUAUAAUUUUUUAUUACUUAAAACCACAGGUAUUUUCCUAUUCAGUACCCAGGAUAGGACAGUUUCCAUCUGGGACAGAGUUAGCCACAAAGCUUUAGUUAUGAUUGUGGUAUCGGGGGCGUGGUCACGCACAGCCUGUAAAUGGGAGGAGGAGUCGCAGAGAACUAGCAGGUAAUGAGUGAAUGGUUACAGCUGUAUGUGGUUAAGAAUGAAGUGUGUUUAUAGACUGUGUUUCAAUGAGUGGCUGUUGACCCCAAGACUGAGAGUCCAUGCAGGCUGAGCUGAACUUGACCAUGAGCACACCAACAACAGUGGAAUUUUGUGUGUGUGUGUGUGUGUGUGCAUGCGUGCGCUAAGAUAUAACCAAAUAUGAAUACGAUAUUUAGAUUGAACAGAUAAUGUUUCCUAAACAGAUACAAAGAGAGAUAUGAAUAGGAGCGCACAUUUUUUUUAACAUAUAUAUUCACUCAAAGAGUCAUCCAGUCCAUUGCAGGACACACAUUCAUACACUCGUUCAUACCAAGGGGCUAUUUAGAGUAGCCAGCAGACCUGCAGACACCUACAGGUGCAAGGAAAGCAGAGAGCCUAGAGAAAACAUGUGGCUAGAACAUUGGACACGCCACACAGACAGUAUCAGGGUCGGUAAUAAGUCACGGACCCUGGAGCUGUGAGGUGCGAAUACUACCUGCUGUACCACUGUGCUGUCCACUACAUGUCAUGUAAACUUAACAAAACAUACAGAGUGGUACAUCAUUUUUUAAAAUAUACUUUUGACAAUGAUCACUAGCAGAUAAAUCAGUAAGUGGUCCCUGAAAUAUGUACUGUACUCAUUAUUUUACAUAGACUAUUAUCAAAAAUCUGAUUCUGUAAUGGGUAUACUUAUUAUUUAAUUUGCUAUAAAACCGAUGUGCACAUAGGCCUGUUCCUGAAAGUUAGCCAGAUCCCUGACACAGCACCCGCUUCAGCACCAGCACUAGCAGUGUGUCGGUGGAAAAGGAGUAUCACUUGCUAACAUUUUUGUUCUUUGUCUAUCUAGUAAAUGUUAAGGUGAACCAUCCCAUUCAUAACAUUUGCUAUAGCUUCAGUACUUCUGUUCCUCACCUGGUAAGAUCAGAUGCAAAGAACAAACACAUCUCAAGCUAACUGAUACAUUUGGAUUGGUCUGAGCUUGAAAAUCAGUAUGACUUCGAAGAAAAUAUCAGUUAUACCAGUAAAACUGAGGUCUGCUGUUUUUUUUCCAUGCUUUGUAAUGACACUGAAAAAAAUAAUAAGGCACUGUGUUGUGGGCAUUUUAAUCAUAUUUAUGUUGGUCAUAACAUGGCAUUUGAAUAAUAAAUAAUAUUGUUAAAUAAAAAUGAUUUUAUGAACUUUUUGUCCACUUUGUUUAAGCAUUGUGACAUUCUAUGCUCUACUAAAAUCUCUGACAAAGUGCUUGUUAUGUAAGUUUUUAUAAGUUACUCCCUCUAGCCAGAGAGCAAAAGUGUAGUUUGUUGAUCUUUGACCUCACUAAAGAUCAGCCACUUUUUUGAUGUAGUUCUAGUGUUUUUUGUUUUUUUUGCUGUUGUUGUUGUUUGUUUUGUUUUGUUUUUUUACUUAAAAUACUUAUACUAAUUGUGUGAUGAAAACACUUAUUCCACUAUACAGUAGUCGAACCAACAGCUCACCGCACCGUCACCUUAUAACAAUUAUUAUAACACCUUAUUAUAAAACGGAUUGUUUUGGUUCCAGAAUCUGAUGGGCUGAACAUUGUUCAAAGCCAUUGUAAAAUCCUUGAUAUAUGCACACCUGGGACUACAGCACAGUGCUUGCAAGAGAGGCAUUACAUACACUACAUCGUUCACUUGGAGUGGUCCCUGACAAAGCCUCAAUCCCCAAAUGUCACUUUCCCAGGAAAAUAAACAUGAGAGUUGUUGAUCAUAUCCAUCUGCUCUAUUU